UGUCACUUGUCAACAACGGCAUUUGGCUUUUUCUCCCACCCCCCACCGUCCCUUCUCGUUCUUCAAUUCUUGUUGUUUUACUCUUUACUCUAUCCUUUUCCCUAACUGCCACUGCUUGUAGAACAAAAAGAACAACUCAGCAUUCUCUGGCUUUUUCUCUAGCUCAGUUUCUCCAUAAAGCAACAAGCUUUUGCUAUUUUUGAGGUCAGUCAGUACUAGUUACGUGCUUAGCUUUUUUCUUGAAUUCCAGGUUCAUUUUUGCUUCUUGUUUUCUUUUCCAACACAAAACUAUUUGAUGAUGGAUACAGAUAAUCAUGUAUUUAUAUCGUGGGAAGAGCACGUUGUUUCUCAGGGGAAGGGACGUCGUGUUGUUCACUACUACUUGAAGGAUACCUCAGGGGAGUUACUCCUUGCUGUGGUGGGUACUGAAAGAAGUACAAGGCACAUACUAUAUGUUGUCUCAGAGGAUUAUUUGGAUGCUUUUGGGCAUACAAGUACCGUAAAUUCUGACACGAAGUGGCGUACAAAAAAAGAGGUAGAGGAAUGGCUGACGUUUUUGAUUUCAAAGCAUCACCGAUCACGACCUAUUUCAGAUACCCCAAGAAGUGAAAAGAGAAGAAGUGCUUUAACGGCUGGGCGCAUAUCUGAUGAGGUCUCAAAAAAUAUAACCCGAGAAGAUCCUUCAGCGCAAAGAUCUAGUGGGAGUAGAAGUGUCGAUGUGAGUAGCCAUUCUGGUAUCAGAAAGUCAAUUCCUGGUAACCAGAUAUCAAAAUCCAAACCACCAGCUUACCCGAAGUUGAAAAUAAAAUUUCCAAGUGUAAGACCGGUUGGAAUUCAGCUUGUUGAGCCUCAAAAUAAGUUGUCUUUUGAAGUUGAUGACAACUUAGAGGUUCUUUGCAACGAUAGUGGCAUGAGAGGCUGCUGGUUUAGGUGUAAGGUCUUACGGGUAUCUCAAAAACGUCUAAAAGUUCAAUAUGAUGACAUCCAGGAUUGUGAUGGUCCUGAAAAGCUCGAGGAAUGGAUUCCUUCCUACAGAGUCGCAGUCUCUGAUAAAUUGGGCAUGAGAUGCACAGGACGCCUCACAGUUAGGCCCCGACCUCUGGUGGAUUCUUCUGACUAUUCUUUUGAAGUAGGAGCUGCAGUUGACGCUUGGUGGUCUGACGGAUGGUGGGAAGGUGUUGUUGCUGGAUGUGAUGUCCGUGGAAGCUAUCAGCUUCAGGUUUACUUCCCUGGCGAGAACAUAUUACUGGAGACUGAAAGGAAGAACGUGAGGACCUCAAGAGAUUGGGUUGAUGACAAAUGGGUUGAAGUUGAGGGAAAGAAAGACAUAAAGUCAUUCAUAAACUCGAGUUCAACUUAUGUAUCCACGCGCAGUAUCAAAGAGCCUUGUGGCACCUGAAGACAACAAAAUGGCAUCAACUUCUAAACACUCAGCGGAGAUGCAAGACACAGAUGUGCUUAAACUGAAAAAGCAAUGGUGUAUUGAUUUUCUUGAAGAAAGUAUUGCCAUGCUGCAGCCUAAAGGACUUGCAACACUU